ACACCCGUGUGAUCUUAAAUUGGAAACUAUCGUCCAUGUGCCUAAUUCGGCUCGAUUCACUUGGUUUAGAAUUUGUAUACGGAUCAUGAUACCUACACGUGUACUAAACACGUCAGUCUUACAAAUACUCUACCAUACCUCCAGUAAACUAAAAAUAUCCCUACUAAAAAAAUCGAAUUUAUGGUGUUGUGUCUGAAUCUUUGUGAUUGGGAGCGAGGGACCGUGUUUUCUGAACUGUUUUUAAGUCUCUCUUAUUCAGGCUCACAACUCUCAAGGCCAUAACAAAAAUUCCUGUUAACACCUUUUUUUUUUUAAGCUCUGAUUUUAGUCAUCAUUUUGACCUUUGGUUAAGGCAAAGGAAGAUCUGAAAAUGUUGAUGCUUUUUUUUUUUCAUCAGUAAAGCAUUGAACAAAAGCUCAGAGAUGAUAUUGGUUCUCUCUGCUCUGUGACUUUUGGGACAGAAGAUCGAAUGCCCAUUUCCCAUUGGAAGGUAAUUCGGCUGCUCAUUUUUUUAAGGUUGGAGUCUUGAGACAUUUUGGUUCGGAAUUUCAUUGUCUUUUAGUCAAGUCUGGUGCUUGUUUGCUUGUUUUGUUAAGGGGAGUAUCUGGGUUCGUUAUUUUUUAUUUGAAAUUACUGAUAGUUGUUUAGACAGUUCAUUGUAGAUCAAGAACUUUGCUUUGGCUUUGGUAGUUUUACCGGCAUUGGUAAGAUGAGAGGGAAAGUUGUAUUUUUGAAAUUGGAUUCUCAUAGUUGAAUGUAUCUGUGGGAUUGAUUUAAUAUUUAUUGGUUAGUACGGGCACCAGAUUGUUGCAAAAAAGACAUAUUAAAGAAUGCGCAAUGGAGCAAGGGGCACAUAUUGCAUAUUUGGAUGCUCAAUUUUAAGAUGUUUAUUGGUAAAGAAAACGAGGUUGUGAUAAAUUUGGUUGCUCUCUUGUGGUGAUUCUUUAUUGAUUGAGGAGUGAAUCGGAUUUUUAUUGAUGGCAUCCAUUAGAAGAACACUGUCUCCGCUGCCUCGACAGGGGACUUUAAUUACUGGAGAGGCUGAACGUUCAGUUCCUUCUCCAUUGUCGAAGUCUUCAUCAUGUAGUCAGAACUACCUACAGAGUGGUGGAUUGCUAUCUUCUCUUUUUGGUUUGUCGGAUUAUCAAGCUUUGGUUCUUGGUGUUUUCUCGCCAAGAUCUUCUAGGUCUCUUGACAGGUCAAAACAGAAAGGACAAGUUUGGAGGAGGGCCCUUUUUCAUUUCUUCAUUUGUUUCAUAGUUGGUUUUUUGAUUGGAUUGACACCAUUCAUUUCCAUGGACAUUUCUUAUAAGAAUCCCAUUUCAAAGCACCAGGCAUUCUCUUUUGAGGUAGCAUCAAAUGUUGGGAAUGUUCAAACAUACAACAAUUCAGAAAGAAAUGUAACGUCAAUGAUGGACAACUCAGGAGUUGAAAAUAAUGUCACAAUGGAGGCAUUGGUGCAGAAACUGGAAAUGGUAGACGGCAAGUUAGGUAAUGCCCUGACUAAUCUGUCACUCCCUCAAGAUAUAGAUCUGGAAUCCCAUAAGCUUUUGAUAGUUGUGACUCCUACAUCUGCUCGACCACUUCAAGCCUAUUAUCUAAAUCGUUUGGCAUACACAUUAAAGCUAGUCCAGGCACCUCUAUUGUGGAUUGUUGUGGAGAUGACCUCCCAGUCUGAGGAAACUGCUGACAUAUUAAGAAGGAGCAGUGUUAUGUAUAGGCUUCUUGUUUGCAAGAAAAAUCUAACUGAUAUAAAAGACAGAAAUGUUCACCAAAGAAAUGUGGCACUAUCUCACAUUGAAACUCAUCAUCUUGAUGGAAUUGUUUACUUUGCCAAUGAGGAUAACAUCUACUCAAUUGAUAUCUUUGAUCAAAUGAGGCAUAUUAGGCGGUUUGGGACAUGGACUGUGGCUAAACAAACAUGGGAUAAAAGUAGAGCUAUAUUGGAGGGCCCUGUUUGCAAUGGAACUCAAGUCAUUGGAUGGCACCUAAAUGGAUUAAGUAGGGGAUUCCGAAGAUUCCACGCUGACAUGUCAGGGUUUGCCUUCAACAGUUCCAUACUCUGGGAUCCAAAGCGAUGGCACCGACCUACUCUUGAAUUGAUUAGACAGCUUGAUACAGUCAAAGAUGGCUUCCAAGCAAGCUCGUUUAUUGAACAAGUUGUGGAAGAUGAAAGCCAGAUGGAAGGCUUACUGCAGGACUGCUCAAGAAUCUUGGUUUGGGAGCUUAAUGUUGAAUCAUGUAGUUCCUUCUACCCUCAAAAAUGGUUGAUGAAGAAUAAUUUAGACGUUAUUGCUCCACUUGCAUGAAAUCCCGGAUGUCAAAGGAGUUGAUUUCGAUUCUCAAGGGUGGUAGGAGAUGGCCAAGAUUUGCAUUUCAUUGCCAGUGAACGAGAGUCAUAAUCAGGUUGAUACCAACACUAAGUGGCCAAACAUAUGGAUUGUUAAUGUACUUAACUUCUAGCUAAAAUGGCAGAGUAUUUUGCAGACAAGGGUAAACAUAAUCUUUGUACGGUAUAUUAUUUUUCCAUUUCUGCAUUGCCUGCUCAUUUUGGUUGAGAGAAAUUUAAUGGGACUAGCUAGGAAAGGAUGGCCAAAUGAAAAGCAUCCUUGUGUGAUGCAGACUGUAAUGUUACUUUGGGUCUUAUUCUGGUUUAGCUAUACUUAAAGCAAAAUUAGUUAUUUGCUUAUUACCUCCAGCUAUGCCUUGUAGUGCAUUGUUUAUCCUGCAUGUAUCUUAUAAUUUAUUUGUGAUGCAGCUUGGAAUUCAGCUGUAAAUGCGAUCUCAAAGUGGCAAGGGCCACUCAAUUUUCCUGAACUGUUGAGUACUGGUUUAGAAAAAAAUAGCAAAAACUAAUACUACUGAUAUGGACAUUGACAAAAUUAAACUACAAUGAUUGAUGCCCUAUUAUGA